AUGGAUUUCGUCAAUCUUUUGCCAGCGGAAAUUAGUGUCAUGAUCUUUGGUUUAGCUAAUUACAACGAUUUAUCUCAAGCUUUACAGACAUGUACAACAUGGCAUGAUUUUAUUAAUCAUACAGAUUAUAUCUGGAAGCAACUUUGCGAUGUAUCGAUACUUGAUGAUGAGCAAGGUCAACAAUCUCUCAAGCAAUUGGCUAAAAUGAACUAUUAUAAAAAAUUAACUUUGAAUUUUUGGUUAUCGGGCAAGAUGAGUCAAGUUUGUAGCAUAGAUCAAUUACCGACAUUCCCUACUAGACCUUUUGAUGUCGAUACAUGGGGUAGAAUUCUUGAAAUGGAAUUAACUCGUUAA